GUGCUCCAUGUCUGACCCUGAUGAGCUGAUGAGAGUCAGCCGAGUGGCUCGCGCUGAGCUGGUCCCCUACUCGUUAUUAGUCAGCCCCAGCACCUUCACUGGUUUGAGACUGGUGCUAGCUCUGUUGUCAUCCUGGAUGUUAACCCAUGCCCUCUUUCUCCUAUUCUUGAUGUGGACUCCUCUCCCACUGAAUCGGAUGAGGAUGUUGCUACUUCUUCAAGGAACUACAAAAGGGGCAGAUCAUCAGCACAAUCAUUAG